AUGCUUGCCCGUGCCUUGGUUAUUGCCGUCUCUGCUAUCGGCGCCCUGGCUGCUGAUGCAGUAUUCAACCCCCCAAAAACAGAACUCUUCCUGAGCAUUGCCUACCAGGUUGGCAUACCCGUCAACACGACCACACCAAGUGGUGUUGUUGGGACUGUCCCGGUCCGAGGUGGCGAUAUCAAGGGCAGCCUGUUCAACGGCUACAUUGUUCCCAAUCUCACUUCCUCGGUCGAGAAAUAUCAGCCGGUGGUUAACAAUGUAGUGACUACCGUGAGUCUCCCAACACAUUCGAGUGGUAGAUUAGAGGUUAUUGUUGCUGAUCUGUCUUCAAAGAGCUAUGAUGGACGCUUCGUCUUCGAGAAUAGCGCUGGGGAUCGCAUCUUUGCCGAAAUCCUUGGCUCGACAGCAUAUGGCAAGGACUUGCACGGUUUUGGAUAUGCGAAACUGGAGACAACCGCUCCUUGCCUGCAAUGGAUCAACACGGCAAUGUUCAUCGCGGAGUGGCAGGGUGUCUUUUACCGUGGUUCAGGCACCACAGUCGAGAUCUUCCAUGUCAACACGGGUGGCCGCGUUGACGGGCAGCCAAUCGAUGCUAUCCCCCCAUCCGCUGAUAUUUGA